AUGGUGAGAGGGACCAAGUGUCGGUUUUUGAUUGACACGGGGUCCACCGACACCUUGAUCAGUAGUACGGUGUACUAUCAAAUUCCAAAGGAGAAGAGACCCAUCUUAGAGACGGAGGAGGUCCAGGUGAAGCAAGUAGACGGUAGUCGAUUGCCCGUGCUUGGCAUAGCUUGGGUGGAGGUGCAAGUUGGUCGAACCACGCACCAAGUAAGGGCGGUGUUUACCGAAAUGAAGUAUAGUGGCAUCCUGUGCAUGGAUUUUCUCGUGCCAACAGGUGGAAACAUAGACUUCCAGUCAAGAGAUUGGAGGCUCAAUGGUGAGCGAAUCAGGUGCACAAACGGUGCCGGUGAGCCCUUUGUUGGUCGUGUUGUAGUUUCUAGAACUACGGUGAUUCCGUCAGGUCAUGAGGCCGUGGUCCCGGGUAUAAUUGCUCGGAAGGGUGCCGACUUGGUCGGGCCAGCCAUGGUGGAACCAAUGGAAGGUGGCGGUGACCUAGCUAAGAAGGGUUUGGUUUUGGCCAGAUCUCUGGUUGAGACUGAAGCAGAGGUUAUUCCGUUGCGGGUCUUCAAUCCCGGAAGGGAGAAAAGAGUUGCACGUGAGGGGACGACAGCGGGAACGAUCUCCCAGGUAGAGGUUGGUUCAAUUCAUGGUGAGUUGGAUGUGGUGGCAAAUGCUGGUGAGGAGUUACCCAAGCACUUGCAAGAUUUGUUUGAGAGGGGUACAGCCAAGGUAGAGGCUACGUACCAUGAGGAUGUCCGGAAAUGUUUAGUUGACUUUCAGGAUGUAUUGUCUAAGGGUGACCACGACAUUGGUCGCACGGACGUGGUCCAGCAUCACAUAAGCACUGGUGAUGCUAAACCGUUCAUAAAGGGGUUUGCAGAAGUGGCAAGUCCACUUCAUGCCUUGACCGAGAAAUCAAGAGAGUUUGUGUGGACUGAGAGUUGUCAGGAGGCAUUUGACGAGCUGAAGGGCAGGCUUCAGGCCGCCCCAGUUCUGUCAUACCCAAUGCCCGAGGGCGACUUUAUCUUGGACACUGAUGCCAGCGGUGAAGGUAUCAGGGCGGUGUUGUCGCAGGUCCAGGGUGGUCACGAAAAAGUGCUUGCGUACGCGAGCCGGAAGCUCAGCAAACCUGAGCGAAAUUACUGUGUCACUCGUAAAGAGUUGUUGGCCGUGGUUGUGUACUUGAAAUAUUUCAAAAAAUACUUGUACGGCCGCAGGGUGACGGUCAGAACUGACCAUGCCGCAUUGCGGUGGGUACUUAAUUUCAAGAACCCCGAGGGUCAGCUGGCGAGGUGGAUGGAAGUCCUGUCCCAGUACGACUUAGUGGUUGAGCACAGAAGCGGCAAGAAGCAUGGUAAUGCUGAUGGGUUGUCGAGGCGGCAAUGCAAACAGUGCGGCCGGGAGGAGGUGGUCGACGAGGCAUUUGGUGUUCCUGUUCCUGUUCGGGAACAGUCCCGCCACACUAUGCUUUAUCGCGAUACAUCCAUAAAGGAAUUGCCGUUCACAUCAUCACCCCAGUAG